GUCGCUUCUCUCUCACGUUCUCGAGGUCCAUCCUCCCACUGCCAUUGUCAUUGAUGCAGCCUUCCUUCCUCACGUGCUAGAGCUCAUCUACGACUCAAAUGAGGACUCGCAUCAUGUCGUCAUCGUAGUCGGCGAGCCUGACAGUAAGGCUUUAGCCGGCGCAGCGAGGCAUAUCAAACUGGUUCGGUGGGCUGACGUUGAGACGGAAGGCCAGGCUAGCCCCGCCCCGGCAACUACUCCUGACCCGAAUGAUGUCUUUACUGUAUCAUUCUACCAGGACCACCACGGUGGAAUUCAAGCUGCACAACUCACGCACCUGAAUAUCACAGCCGGGGUUACCGCGACGCGGUCUCUGUUACCUCUUUCUACCCCCAUGUCUGCAUUGGAUACCCUUGUCUCUGCCCACUCCUUGAGCACGGCGUUUGGUAGGACGGUCGCAUAUACCGCACUUUAUGAAGGAACCAGCUUUGCAACCCUCAGUAGCACCACUUUGUACAAGACCGACGAUACUGUUACACUUACAGGGAUUCCAGACAUCUUGUCAACGAAGCAAUACCCCCUCCCUUCGCCUACAAUCUUGUUCUUAACCCCAAGGCACCUCACAGAUUUGACGACUGCCGUCGUGCGCGAAGCUGAAAAGAGCGUCGUGUUCAGACUUGCAUGGCGACACAAGCUCGCUGGCAUCAUAGACGGCUACAUGAACAAAGACAGCCUUUGGGACCGUCUAGUCUUCGAAGGCGCCAGAACCAAGGUCUUGGGCGAGGGCGCUGCGACCCUUCGAGGCUUAGUAGUCAGCGGCGGUAUCGAUUCUACAGUGGUCACUCCUACGCGCAUCGCGCUCUCUGUUCCCUUCGUGAACGCAUUCACACACCCUGUCGUCGCGGCGCCCAUCUUCGCGUCUCAUCCCCUCGACCUGCAAACUUUCGCGCCUUCCGCGAAUGCGCACGUUGGCCCUCCCGUCAUCAAUGUCGAGACGAAGUUGACUGGGGUGGAAGACGACGUUGUCGAGAAGGGCGGCGAUCCCGUCGGCCAUCUGCACGUGCGCGGCCCCAUCGUGGGACGGAUUUUGACCGUGAGCGACAACGCAGAACCGGAGCAGAAGGAUCAGGAAGAGCCGUGGGUGCCGACCGGGUACAAGUCGCGCGCGCAGACGAAUGGGUCGUUCAAGGUCUGGCCGUUGGUCGAGUCGUUGAGCAAGUAAAAAUCGCAUUGUUGUGGCCUAUGUGGUAGUCGCUCUGGUGAAAUUUGGGCAUGUUGGACUUCGCACAUACUUAUACUUCCGCGUGGUGGUUGAGUAUAUUCUCCGAGCGUGCCAUCCUUGCUAUCGUUUUGCAAUAGAUCUUUUACAGCUCUCUGUAUAUCUUGUACCCAUUAUCGUCGGUCAUUGGAAAGUAGAUCUCUUGUUUAGUGUUUUACC